AUGAGCGGCGUUCACCGGUUCUUGAGUCGUCGAGACAAGAAGAACCCGCGACACUCGUCCCCGGGCAAACACCGCCCCGACCACUUCGGCGGCGUCUUCGCGAUCGAAGAUGGACCCAAUGUCAAACCAGACAAAGAUGAGGAGCGCAAGAUCCAGGGCAUAUUGGAGCGAUUGCGAGCGUAUGGAAUCGAUACCAUGGUCGAAGCCAACGCCCGCUAUGCUCUGCGUCUCACUUCAUCGCAAGGCGACGGCGAGGCGGCGUUCAGGCUGUUGAUGCUCUUGCAAGAGACGUACGAAGGCAUUGUCAAGUCAUACAGUCCCAACACGAAGCUCCUCGGCGCCGUCAAUAGGGAGUCUGUAACAUGCUAUCUCGAUGCCCUGCUGUUCGCCAUGUUCGCAAGGCUUGAUAGCUUCGAGGCCAUGCUUUACGACAGCUUCGAAGAUGUACCCCGGAAGAAGCUUGCAGGGUUGCUGAGACUGUGGGUCAACAUGCUGCGGAGUGGCAGGUUGAUUACGGUGGACAUCACGCGACACUUGCAGGAGGCGCUCGCAGCUUGUGGUUGGGACGAUGCGGUUAAGCUCCAGCAACAGGACCCAUCCGAAGCCUUCACCUUCAUUACCGGAAAAUUGGAGCUUCCUCUACUGACUUUGAAGAUGGAUCUCUACCACACGGGCAAGGAGGAUCCCCAAGAUGAUCACAAGUUCGUCAACGAGCGUUUGCUCGAAGUCGCCAUUGCCGAGCAGCCGUCUGACGGCAGCAAUGUCAUCACACUGGAAGACUGCCUCGAGCACUACUUCAACAAUCGAAUAGAGGUCAAGAGGCAUCUGGAAAACCAGCGGCGCAAUACGCUCAAGUCAGCCAAUCUGAAUGUGCUCGAGAAUCCCACUAAGAUUGAGAAAGAAACUGGCAUCCACGUUGAAGUGGCAGAGAUGACUGAUCCCGACACGCCCAUCGUACAAACACCUGUUUCGGACACGCCCGCAACUCCAUCGCAAAGCAAGGACCCUUUGGAGCGCAUAAGACCAACGAGCGGCCGAAAGCGAGGAGACAGCAUCUUCAGCCAAAGAAAAGUCGAGCUCAUUGAAGGAAGGGACCCUGAGAAAUGGAAGCCGGAUGGCCCAAAUGCUCCUCCAGGGUCAGACCUCCCGACCAAAGAGCGUAAGCUCAGCACAAGGACGGAGGUUCUCAUGCCGGCGUGGCAAUUCUUCAAGUUGUUGCCAUGGUACACAGAUCACAUGCCCACGUCGGAUGCACAGGUUGCGGCGCACUUCUCCAAGAAGAGGCCGGUGUUGGGCAUCUGCUUGAAACGCUAUUCUUACACCAAUACAGGACAGGCGCAGAGGCUGAACACGUACAUCGACAUACCGUUGGAGAUUGCGGUACCCAACUUCGUCAGCGAUGAGCACAUGCAGGAUGAGGGUCCAUUGGUGGGGAACUUCAGGCUAUUGUUGCAAUCAGUGGUGUGCCACCGAGGAGUGUCGGUGCACUCUGGUCAUUACGUCUGUCUUUCCCGCGGGUCAGCACUGAAUGCGACAGACAGUCGACGCGGAAGUGAUGAUAGCGACGAGAUCGAGGAUCCUUGGAUGCGUUUUGACGACUUGGCCAAGGACCGUAUCACGUACGUGGAUAUUCGCGAAGCCUUGAAGCAGGAGACCCCGUACUUGCUCUUUUAUCAAGUCCAACCCAUCGGCGAUGAUGGGCAUUCGAUACACGAUUUGCCAUCGUAUGCGGAAGCAACGAGUAGGGCUCAAAGUGAUGUCAAUCCAUCCGAGAAGCCGUACCUUAACGAACCGCCUGGCAGCGAGAACGCAUUGGAGCAGGUGCCCAGCUCUACGGCACCCUCGACGAACGGUGGAAUCGGAUCCGAGACGGCAGAUUGGGCACCAAGACAUGUGUCGGCAUCGGCAAGAACCAGUCUGGACGUUGCGAGAGCACUAGAUGGGCCGCGAGGGCGAUCGUCAUUCCAAGGAGACGAGCGAAGACGAAGCCUCGCUUUCGAUAACUCGAGCGUGGCUGGCAGCGUGAGUGGCGGGAGCUUGCGUACCGAUGCGACUGUGUCGAUUCCUUCGACGCCAAAUGAAGAGAAGCCGGACGAGAAAGCGACCGGAUUCCUUGCUGUUGCCAACAAGCUUUCCAACUCAUCCCGUCGGGGUAGUCGUCAGUCCAAAGGCUCUACCAGCAAGAGUCGGCCUCCUAGUACUGGCCCAGACAGCGGCUCUACUCGGUUCAGCUUGAAUAUGAGCAAGUUGACGCAGAAGAUGAGCCGAGGCGAGAGUCAGGCGCCAUCAGCUCCCGCCGUACAAUCUACGGAUCCAUCUGGAGCUACUCUCACGGUAACAGAAAUUCCUCCUGCGGACAAUGAGUCGUCCGCACGCACCGAAUCUCGACCUGCCAGUCGAAAGCCGUCUCUCAGCCAUCCAUUGCCGGCAUCGCUUGAGCCUUCGACUAGAGAGAACAGAGAAAGCGUUGACACCGCUCGACCUUCUAAAGAAGAGUAUGCGCCUUUGACCAAGAAGGAGAAGGAGGCGGUAAAACGGGCGAAAAAGAAAGCUCGCAAGGGCGAGGACGAUCGCGAGUGUGUGGUUAUGUGA